CAAUAAUCUGAAGUUAGUGUUACUGGGUUAGUCAGUGAUGGAAAUGUGGAGCCUCAUAAUAUAUUUUUUUCUACUGUUAUUUUCUGGUGAAGAUGUUAUAGUAAUGAUGACAGUAUCUCCAAUGAAAGAUGGUCAUCCUGACUUCUGGCCAGCAGAAAUUUUUGGAAGCCCCACUGUGAAAGUUGGAGAAAAUAUGCAGUUACAGUGCAUCGACUUUGACCAAAGUGUAUCAAGUAACCAGCUCCACCUGUACUUGCUUAAAAAUGGUGCUGGAGUGAUGAUGGAGUUAUUAGGAGAGAGACAUGAGCACAACUUCACUGUGAAAAAUGUUUCAGUGCUGGACUCGGGAAAGUACAGCUGUGUGUUCUCAUUAACCAAAUAUCCCCUGAAAAACUUGAAUGCAUCAGCACUAAAACCAGGACAAAAAACAAUCCAAGUCCAGGUCACUGAUGGUCAUCCUGACUUCUGGCCAGCAGAAAUUUUUGGAAGCCCCACUGUGAAAGUUGGAGAAAAUAUGCAGUUACAGUGCAUCGACUUUGACCAAAGUGUAUCAAGUAACCAGCUCCACCUGUACUUGCUUAAAAAUGGUGCUGGAGUGAUGAUGGAGUUAUUAGGAGAGAGACAUGAGCACAAGUUCACUGUGAAAAAUGUUUCAGUGCUGGACUCGGGAAAGUACAGCUGUGUGUUCUCAUUAACCAAAUAUCCCCUGAAAAGCUUGAAUGCAUCAGCACUAAAACCAGGACAAAAAACAAUCCAAGUCCAGGUUACUGAUGGACAUCCUGACUUCUGGCCAGCAGAAAUUUUUGGAAGGCCCACUGUGAAAGUUGGAGAAAAUAUCCAGUUAACGUGCAUCGACUUUGACCAAAGUGUAUCAAGUAACCAGCUCCACCUGUACUUGCUUAAAAAUGGUGCUGGAGUGAUGAUGGAGUUAUUAGGAGAGAGACAUGAGCACAAGUUCACUGUGAAAAAUGUUUCAGUGCUGGACUCGGGAAAGUACAGCUGUGUGUUCUCAUUAACCAAAUAUCCCCUGAAAAACUUGAAUGCAUCAGCACUAAAACCAGGACAAAAAACAAUCCAAGUCCAGGUCACUGAACAUCCUCUGAAUAUGAGCACAAAUGAAGAAAAUGAUGGCCAAGUCCAGCUCAGUGAUCUACAAUGGCAGAUUAAUUUCAUAAGAUUAUUAGCUUCAUGUGGUGUCUUCAUAUUUGCAUGCUUGGUCGUGGUUUUUGAUGUCUACUCAACAAGGCAGAGAAACUCUAGCACUGAAUUAAAGCAAAACAGUAACAAGUCUGGAUUUAAAUGAUCAAUAAUUUUUUGUAGGAUCAGUAAAGUUUAUGUAAAGCUCAUCAUUUAGUUAGAGACUUCUAGCUGUUCCAAAAACAAGUUUAAACGAGGAGACCUGGCCUUUUCUGUACAUGCAUCUAAACCCUGGAGUGUUCUACCUUUGGACACAGGAGCUUUGCAUAUGUUUAGUGUCUAAAGUUUUAUUGUUCUUACUUUUGCAUUUGUGGGUAAUAAUAUUUAAUAUUAAUCACACUAUAUAUUUAAAUAUAUUACUUUUUUUAUGUGUACAUUACGUUACGAAGCUCUUUGUGGCUUAAGAGUGCAAGACUUAGUAAACCAAAACUGUUACCUUCAGACAAACAGUACUUAGAGCAUGUGUUUCUGUAUGUGGUUCCACUGUGAGAAGAAAAUAGUUAUUAGCUGAUGACUCGGCUGUUGAAGGAGCCAUUACUGAGAAACGGAACUACACAAAAAAAAAGUAGACAGUUUGUACUAGAACCCCAAAACUGGGGUAAUUGGGAUUACUUGGAUUACUUGCUGUGUUGGUGAACAGAAAAAAAUGCAACCAGCUUCUAAGACUGAACUUUUGAGAUGUAGAAAAAUAUUCCUGCAGAUAUCUUGAAAAACUGAUAGCAAGUCUCCUGAAUUCAAGCUAUAAUAAAGCAAAAGGGUGUACACACUGAAUACUGAGAAAAUGUUAUUAUAUUUAGAUGCUGAGGCUUCUGUUAAUUAUAUAUUUCUGCUUUAUUUCUAAUGCUGAUACAUGUUUCAAAUGUAUAUGAAAUAAAUAAAUGUAGGACUGUAUCACACCCUCAAAAGUGUUGGGGUAAAAUUCAUUUCACGACAAGAAAGGUGGCAAAAUGCA